GUAGCUCUUUUUCGUUCCCAUGUAUUGUGGUUAAGAUCGAAUUCACCGGGAGGGCAUCAGAUUCAAAGUACUUACUUGCUACCUGUAAAAAAAAUCAAAAGGUAUUGCAUUUCUUUUUGCUACUUUUUUAUAUUAAGAAAUGUUUUUAUUGAUCAGAUUUGCCUAAAGGCGGAAGAUUUUAUACAAAGGGGAGGAUAUCCAGUCCUGCUUAAUGGUUAUUUAUGUGCUUUGGGGAAGUAUUUAAACUAAUCAUGCGUUUCCCAGUAUGUUCCACUUGUAAAACUCUUGUUUGCAUAGAAUUGAAACUUAGGCCCUACUUUAUAUUUUUGCAGAAAUGGCUGGCAAGAGUCAGGAGCAGACCAUUCAAGAAGAAUUAACCUGUUCCAUAUGCUAUGACCUCUUCAGGAACCCUGUCAUGCUGGAAUGCAUGCACCAUUUUUGUAAAGAGUGUAUCCAAAAAUACUGGAAUAGAUGCCCCAGAAUUGCCACUUGCCCCCAGUGUCGGCAAAAAUUUCCUUCCCGAUCCUUUCAUCCCAAUUUCAUUGUAUCUAAUAUAGCGGAGACAGUUCGAAGAUCUGCCUCUGAGGAGCACAAAAGGAAAACCAAAAUGGAGUUCCAAAAGGUCCUUCAGGCCUACCAGAUGAAACGCGACAAACUUUUGAAGAUGAAGCGAAAGAAUGACGAAGAUAUCAAGAACUUGGUGACAACAUCUGGGAAACUGAACUCGGAGAUCCAAGCAGCAUUUCAACAUCUUCAUCAGAUCCUCCAAGAGGAGGAAGGAAGGAUGCUGAUGGAACUGGCUAGAGAAGAAGAACAGUGUAUGAUGAGACUGGAAAACGCUUCCAUACAAUUCAUAGAAGAGAUUGCUGAGUUGAAGAAGAGCAUGGAGCAGGUACAGCGCAGUCUUGACAACUUGGGGAUCUCAUCAGUGCUGCAGGUGGAAACUGUGCCUGUCAGACCAGCAGCGCAACCAGAAACAUUGACCUUGGGUCUAAAACAGCACGAGGAGCUAUGUGACGGACCCUUGCAGUACAUAAUUUGGCGAAAGAUGCUGAAAUCCAUCAGCCCAGCUCCUACUGCUCUGACCCUGGAUCCAGAAUCGGCCCACCCCAACCUCAUCCUCUCCAAAGAUCUGACUUCAGUGACAGAGAAGGAGUCGCCUCAGGCAGUUCCCAGAAGUCCCAGACGUUUCCUGCAGAGCGUGAAUGUGUUGGCCAUGGAAUCCUUUGAAAGCGGGCAGCAUUACUGGGAGGUCUGGGUGGGCAACAAGACCAAGUGGGAAUUGGGAGUGGCUUCAGACAAUGUGAACCGGUUAGCCAGAGUCCGGCUGUGCCCAGAUAAUGGCUAUUGGACAAUAAGACUGUGGAACGACUCCGAGUAUUGGGCUGCAGCAACUCCCUGGGUACGUUUGAGGCCCCAGCACUUGCUGAGGAAAGUGGGGGUGUUGUUGGACUGCAAGGCCAAAACGCUGACUUUUUAUAAUGCUGAGGAGAUGUCACUCCUCUUUACUUUCCAUCAGUUGUGGGCUGGCAAAUUCUAUCCUUUCUUCAGUACUGGCUUCAGUCAUGGUGAGAAGAAUGCAGAGCCCAUGAGGAUCUGCCACCCUCUCAAGCUCUGAAAUCUUCUCGUUUCACAGGAUUCGGUG